GAGGAAGAGGAGGAGGAGGAGGAGGAGGAGGAGAGAGGUACACCCUGAACAAAUCUUGUGACAGCUCUGCUGUAGGAUGCAUUAAGUCCAAAAUAACUUAAAGGUACACAGCUACAAUAACAACAACAAAGAAAUAAGUAGGAAAGCAUUAAAAGCUGUACAUCUGGGAAAUAAAAGGGAAAAAUCAAGGUUGUGACAUAAAAAGAGGGGUUCGGAAAAAGAACCACAGAGGCUACAUAAAUAAUUGAGACAGAGAAUUCCUGUUCUGUUGAAAAGUUAUUUUGCGAACUUCUGACGUAGCACGUAAAUAAUAAAUUAUAAACAAUGGAAUAUCCCCUCCAACCCUAUCCCAGGGCCCAGAAAGCGGAGGAGCUAUAUAAGCAUUUAGAUUGUGAGAAAUGUUUAAGAUGGAGAAGUGGGGAAAAGCCGUUUAAAUUCGUGGAAUAUGGAGAGAGCUGCAGUCUGAGCGAGACACUGCAAUCCCAUCAAAGGACCCACACAAGAGAAAAGCCAUAUAAAUGCAUGGAAUGUGGAAAGAGCUUUAGUCAGAGUGAGACACUGCGUUCCCAUCAAAGGAUCCACACUGGGGAGAAGCCAUAUCAGUGCAUGGAAUGUGGAAAGAACUUUAGUCGGAGUGAUACACUACGUUCCCAUCAAAGGACCCACAAAGGGGAGAAGCCAUAUAAUUGCAUGGAAUGUGGAAAGAGCUUCAGUCAGAGUGGACAUCUGCAUUCCCAUCAAAGGACCCACACAGGGGAAAAGCUGUAUAAUUCUAUGGAAUGUGCAGAGAACUUCAGUCCAAGUGACACAUUGCAAUCCCAUGAAAGGUCCCAUACAGUGGAGAAGCCAUUUAAAUGCAUAGAAUGUGGAAAGAGCUUUAGUCGGAGUGACUGUCUGCAUUCCCAUCAAAGGACCCACACAGGGGAGAAGCCAUAUAACUGCAUGGAAUGUGGAAAGAGCUUCUCUCAGAGAGGACAUCUGAAUUCCCAUCAAAGGACUCACACCGGAGAGAAACCAUAUACCUGCAUGGAAUGUGGAAAGACCUUCAGUCACAGUUGCAGACUGCAUUCCCAUCAAAGGACCCACACAGGGGAGAAGCCGUAUAAAUGUAUCGAAUGUGGAAAGAGCUUUUCUCAGAAUGGACAUUUGCGUUACCAUCAAAGGAUCCACACGGGGGAGAAGCCAUAUAAAUGCAUGGAAUGUGGAGAGACCUUUAGUCAGAGUGCCAAUCUACGUUCCCAUCAAAGGACUCACACAGGGGAGAGGCCAUAUAAAUGCAUGGAAUGUGGAAAGAGCUUCAAUCAGAGUAGCAAACUGCGUUCCCAUCAAAGGACCCACACAGGGGAGAAGCCGUAUAAAUGUAUCGAAUGUGGAAAGAGCUUUUCUCAGAGUGGACAUUUGCGUUCCCAUCAAAGGAUCCACACGGGGGAGAAGCCAUAUAAAUGCAUGGAAUGUGGAAAGAGCUUCUCUCAGAGUGAACAUCUGCGUUCCCAUCAAAGGACCCACACAGGGGAGAAGCCGUAUAAAUGCAUGGAAUGUGGAAAGACCUUCUCUUUCAGUGGAAGUUUGCAUUCCCAUCAUAGGUCCCACACAGGAGAAAACCAUAUAGAGUGGCAUAUUGUGUUCCCCUCAAAGCACCCACACAAUGUUCCCCUUAAAGCACCCAUAUAAUUGCAUGGAAUUUGGAAAGAGCUUCAGGGAUGGAGGAGCAGGCAAUAGGCAUCAGUGAACUCAUACAGGGCUAGUGACUUUCCAAAUUGUCCCAAAUGAAGCUGUACAUUUUCUCAGAGAAGUGUCCUCUCCCUUCUCAGACAAAUAAAGAAGUGGAGGACAGAGGGAGGGAUAGAGCACCUCCCCACCCUUUGCAAUUAUAGAUAACAUUUCAUCACUACUUGUAGCAACAAGUCUAUACAUCUGUCUCUAAGCACACCAAGAAACUAGGAAAAUGUUCAUGGAUAAUAAAACAAAUAUACAAUAUUUCAUUGAGUAAUAGCACUGUAACACCUUUCCCCCUUUCUUUCAUCAAAAAGGGGGUGCGACUAUUUCACGAGGAAAAAAAAUCUGGAGGGAUUUUUUUUCCUUUACAAGUUUUUAUUUUAUUUUCACAGUUGUAUGACAUAGAGGAAAGGGGAAGGAAAGGGGAUGGGAGAUAGUGAAAAAAUAUGAUUUGUUGGUUCUGGAGUUUGGUUAAUAAAUUAAGUCUACACAGGAGUCUGUUGUAUCCCUUGGGGUGUGAAGUGGGAGGGAAUUGUUAUACAUAUUCUCUAACAUAUAAAGGAAUUCCAUCUACAAAACCUAUUUCAUAAAUAAGUGUAUUAUUGUCAUAUGGUGUUCACGUUAGUCCUCUGUCUUCUUGUAUUUUCCCAUCUUUUUCUCAUAUUUUCCUCUGAGCCUGUAUAAUAAGUGUUCCUUCUAAUUAUUUUAUUGGUUUACUUAUACAUUUCCCCCUUGUUUUAAUAAUAUCUAUUUACAUAUAUCUCAGAGCCAUUUUGUUUUGUUACUAUGUUAGUAUUUACUUAUUUAUAAUGUUUGAUGCAAAUUGAGAAUACAGUUGUAAUGUAUAAAAAACCGCAAGGUUAAAAAUUUGGCAUUAUGAUAAAUUUUCUUUGACCAGAAGCUGGCCACUUCAAGUGCCUCUGGUGUCGCUAUAAGAAGGUUCUCCAUUGUGCAUGUGGCAGGGCUCAGGCUGCAUUGUGGUAAGUGGUCUGUGGUUUGUUCUUCUCCACACUCGCAUUCGUGGACUCUACUUUAUAGCCCAAUUUCUUAAGAUUUGCUCUGCAUCUGGUGAUGCCAGAGCACAGUCUGUUCAGCGCCUUCCAAGUUGCCCAGUCUUCUGUGUGCCUAGGGGGGAGUUUCUCAUCUGGUCUCAGCCACUGAUUGAGGUUCCGGGUUUUAGCCUGCCACUUUUGGACUCUCAUUGGCUGAGGUGUUCCUGUGAGUAUCUCUGUAGAUCUUAGGAAGCUGUUUCUUGAUUUAAGUCAUUAGCAUGCUAGCUGAUAUCCGAACAGAGGAAGGGCCAGAGAUAUCAAUGCCUUGGUCCUUUCAUUGCUGGCUGCUACUUCCCAAUGGAUGUCAGAUGGUGCAAUAUUGGCUAAACAGUGUAAUUUCUCCAGUGAUGUGGAGCGUCGACAUCCUGCAAUAAUGUUGCAUGUCUCAUUAAGAGCCACGUCCACUAUUUUAAUGUGGUGAGAUGUAUUCCAAACUGGGCAUAUGUACUCAGCAGCAGGGUAGCAAAGUGCAAGGGGCAGAUGUCUUUACUGUAUCUGGUUGUGAUCCCCAGGUUGUGCCAGUUAGCUUUCAUAUGAUAUUAUUUCUAGCACCCACUUUUUGCUUGAUAGACAAGCAGUGCUACUUGUAAGUCGGAGCACGGUCCAGAGUGACUGCCACGUAUUUUGGUGUGCUGCAAUGCUCCAGUAAGACUCCUUUCCAAGUAAUCCUCAGAGCUUGAGAUGUUUGUCUGUUCUUAAGAUGAAAAGCACAUGUCUGCAUUUUAGAUGCAGCUGGUUUUCUCUGUAAUAAGCAGCAAGAGCACCUAAAGCUUUGGACAGCUUCUGUUCAUCCAAUUCAAAGUUCUCUGCUUGAGUGGUGAUGGCACAAUCAUCACAUUGUGUAAAUGUUAAAACAUAAAUGAAGCAAGCAUGCUCCCCUGAGACAGGCCAUUUUUCUGUUUUCACCAUCUGCUUCUCUGACUCUGGAACUCAACAAAAAAGUUCCUUGUUUUGUAGCAGAUUUCCCAUGAAACAGGCAAGAUGGUAAUCCUUUGUGAUAUUAUAUAUCAGGAGGAGGCGAUGAUUUACAGUAUCAUAAGCUGCUGACAGGUCACUUGUGAUGUGCCGCUUUUCCCUUUCCUGAAACCAGCUUGCUAUGGGAUCAUUUAUUUUUCCAUAAUUCUGUGCAGGAUAAGUCUCUCCAGAACUUUAUAGAAAUUGGUCUAUAGCUUGUAAUACAUGUGUAAAUACUUAUUCUGUUAAUAUAUAUAUAUAAAAAGGUAAAGGUUUCCCCUGACGUUAAGUCCAGUUGUGACUGACUCUGGGGGUUGGUGCUCAUCUCCAUUUCUAAGCCGAAGAGCCAGCGUUGUCUAUAGACACCUUCAAGGUCAUGUGGCCGGGAUGUCUGCAUGGAGCGCCGUUACCUUCCUGCCGGAGUGGUACCUAUUGAUCUACUCACAUUGGCAUGUUUUCAAACUGCUAGGUUGGCAGGAGCUGGGGCUAACAGCAGGCGCUCAUUCCGCUCCCGGGAUUUGAACCUGGGACCUUUUGGUCUGCAAGUUCAGCAGCUUAGCACUUUAACACACUGUGCCACCAGAGGCCUAUAUAUAUAUAUAUAUAUAUAUAUAUAUAUAUAUAUAUAUAUAUAUAUAAAUCUUCAUGCUUCUAUAAUAUCCACAUCACUGAAAUUAUAUACAUUUCUAUUACAUUACUCAAAAUAUUAAGCCAUCAAUUAUCUUCAAUCUUUUAGGCUAUAGAAUACAGAAUGUGUUCAUAUAUUAUUCAUAUUAUCUUUAGUUCACAAAUCCUGUUAUGAUCAUUAUUUUCUGAUUUUUUUUAUGAAGUCCAUAAACAUUUCCAUUCUUUUUUCAGUUUCUGUGAAUUAGUUUGCUGUAAAAUUAAAGUUAAUUUGUCCAUUUCAGCCAUUUCAAAACUUUUGUAAUCCAAUCAUUUGUCAUUGGUAUAGUUUGUUGCUUCCAUAAUUUUGCUUAUUGAAUCAGUACUGCUGUUGUCAUAUAGAGGAAGAUUCUUUCCUGGUGUUUUGGUAUUUGCAUAUUUAAUAAUCUUAAUAAAAAGGUUUCUGGUUUCAGUGUUAUUUUGGUUUUUAAUAUGAUUUCCAUUAGGCAUGUGUGAUCAAUGGGGAAAAAUGGUUCAGUAUUGGCUUGGAAAGUAGGGGGCACAGGCACUUAGUUUCUAAAGUCAUUUCUGAAUUUUGAAGGAAAAAAAUUAAAACUUUACAAAAAUUCGGAAUAUUCGUAAUUAAUUCGAGAAUGGCGGAUGUGCAUGCGCAGUGGUGAAAAACAGCACUGAGGGGGAAUUCAGAGGACUCUCCCACCCUCAUUUUUUGAGCUAUCCUGAUCAAUCUUGGUACAGUGGUAGAACACAUUUACCACUGCUAGCUCACUGAAUUCCAAAAUGUUUCCCUUAUCCUCUGAUUUUUGGCGAAUUUUCAUAGCUUUUAUAAUAAACCAUUUUUUUUAA